UGUCUUCUUCUUCCCCUUUCUCUCCAAUUUAUUUACAGUUCUCUUCCUGUUUUCGUUUCCUCAAUUUUACGAAACCCUAGCUUGAAUUUGGAUCAAGGUAUUCGUCUUUUGAUUCUUCGAGAAAGGGGAUUUGAAUUGGUUUCCAGGAAUCAGCAAAAAUUACCAAAUGGUUGGUUCAUUAUUUCGAUCGGGAUAAAAUCGAUCGAGAAUGAGUCAGCCUUCUGUGAUUCUUGCCACGGCUAGCUAUGAUCACACGAUCCGAUUCUGGGAAGCCGAAACUGGACGAUGUUACCGUACCAUUCAGUACCCUGAUUCGCAUGUAAAUAGAUUGGAGAUAACCCCAGAUAAGCGUUAUCUAGCAGCAGCUUGCAAUCCUCAUAUACGACUCUUUGAUGUCAAUUCCAACAGCCCCCAACCUGUGAUGACCUAUGAUUCACAUACCAACAAUGUUAUGGCAGUAGGAUUCCAAUGUGAUGGGAAAUGGAUGUACUCAGGAUCAGAGGAUGGCACAGUUAAGAUUUGGGACUUGAGGGCUCCGGGUUGCCAAAAGGAGUAUGAAAGUGUUGCUGCAGUUAACACAGUUGUUCUACACCCAAAUCAGACUGAAUUGAUAUCUGGAGACCAAAAUGGAAAUAUACGUGUAUGGGAUCUCAGAGCAAAUUCGUGUAGCUGUGAACUGGUACCAGAAGUUGAUACUGCUGUACGAUCUUUAACUGUUAUGUGGGAUGGGACAAUGGUGGUUGCUGCUAACAACCGUGGAACAUGUUAUGUAUGGCGCUUGCUGCGUGGAAAGCAGACAAUGACCGAGUUUGAGCCGCUUCAUAAGCUACAAGCGCAUAAUGGUCACAUCCUCAAAUGUCUCCUCUCGCCUGCAAACAAAUAUCUAGCGACCGCAUCAUCUGAUAAAACCGUCAAAAUAUGGAACGUCGAUGGUUUCAAAUUAGAGAAAGUUUUAACAGGACAUCAAAGAUGGGUCUGGGACUGCGUAUUUUCAGUGGAUGGUGAAUUUCUUGUGACAGCAUCAUCGGACAUGACGGCUAGAUUGUGGUCGAUGCCAGCGGGAAAAGAAGUGAAGGUCUACCAAGGUCAUCAUAAAGCUACUGUGUGUUGUGCACUCCACGAUUAAAACCUUAAGAAUAAUUAGUGAAAGCUAAAUUAUGAACAAAUCAGACUGUGUUCUUUGUGUUGUGUUUUAGAAAACGCUUGUACAUUUCAAUCGGAUUCGUUUUUAAUCUUCUGAUCUUUCUUGGGAUCAAA